GAGUUCCUGCCUGGACUCUGCCCAUUUUCAGCUGCCCAGCCUUGGGCAAGUGAUCUACUUCUCUGAUGCCUCAGUUAUCUCAUCUCUCUGACAGGGAUAAUUAGGCUGGGACUGUUUGGGUGUUCUCGAAAGGGGUCUCCUGAGUCCCAGGAAACCUUGAAGGAAAGUGAUUUGGCAUAAACUCACCUCCUAAUUAAGGAGGGCUUCAGUGCUGCAUUUUACUAUUCCUUCUGGAUUUUGCCAUUUAUAAAUUGAAGCAAGUUUCUCUGGGAUAGAAUGUUUGGGAGAAAUGCAGUGAUAAGGAUGACUGAAAAAAGAAAAAAACUCGCCAAAGUAUUGUCAUUUCCCUUGCUCUUCCCUUACCCAGCUUCCCAAGGUCUACAACUCGAACAAAGACAGUCAGAACGAAGGAACUGCGCAGUUGGACAGCAUUGGCUUCAGCAUAAUCAGGAAAUGCAUCCAUGCUGUGGAAACCAGAGGGAUCAACGAGCAAGGGCUGUACCGAAUUGUGGGGGUCAACUCCAGAGUGCAGAAGUUACUGAGUGUCCUGAUGGAUCCUAAGACAGCUUCUGAGACAGAAACGGAUAUCUGUGCUGAAUGGGAGAUAAAGACUAUCACUAGUGCUCUGAAGACAUACCUAAGAAUGCUUCCAGGACCACUCAUGAUGUAUCAAUUUCAAAGAAGUUUCAUUAAAGCAGCAAAGUUGGAGAACCAGGAGUCCCGGGUCUCCGAAAUCCACAGCCUUGUUCAUCGACUCCCAGAGAAAAAUCGGCAAAUGUUACAGCUGCUCAUGAAUCACUUGGCAAAUGUUGCUAACAAUCACAAGCAGAAUUUGAUGACGGUGGCAAACCUUGGCGUGGUGUUUGGACCCACUCUGCUGCGGCCUCAAGAAGAAACAGUAGCAGCCAUCAUGGAUAUAAAAUUUCAGAAUAUUGUCAUUGAGAUCCUAAUAGAAAACCAUGAGAAGAUAUUUAACACUGUGCCUGAUAUGCCCCUCACCAAUGUGCAGCUACACCUGUCCCGGAAGAAGAGCAGUGACUCCAAGCCCCCGUCCUGCAGCGAGAGGCCCCUGACGCUCUUCCACACUGUGCAGUCAACAGAGAAACAGGAACAAAGGAACAGCAUCAUCAACUCCAGUUUGGAAUCUGUCUCAUCAAAUCCAAACAGCAUCCUUAAUUCCAGCAGCAGCUUACAACCCACCAUGAAUUCCAGUGACCCAGAUCUGGAUGUGGUCAAACCUACCCGACCUAACUCACUCCCCCCGAAUGCAAGCCCAACUUCACCCCUCUCGCCAUCUUGGCCCAUGUUCUCGGCGCCAUCCAGCCCUAUGCCCACCUCAUCCACGUCCAGCGACUCAUCCCCCGUCAGCACACCGUUCCGGAAGGCAAAAGCCUUAUAUGCCUGUAAAGCUGAACAUGACUCAGAACUCUCAUUCACCGCAGGCACAGUCUUUGAGAAUGUCCAUCCAUCUCAGGAGCCUGGCUGGUUGGAGGGGACUCUGAACGGAAAGACUGGCCUCAUCCCCGAGAACUACGUGGAGUUCCUCUAACCGUGGGCCCCCAGCAGACCUGCUGAGCUUACAUGGUAUCCAUGACAACUGCUGAUUCCAGUGUUGUAGGCCAUUUCUCUUCACCCUUGAGAAAUGCAGCAUGACUGACUAUUGCUGCCUGUCAACAGGACUGUUUCUGUGAGCUCUGGUGUCACCCAUCUCCAUAAUCAUCUCAGUCGACACUCGGCGACACUGCAGGAGACAGAAGUCAAUCAGCAGAGGAGGCCAUUUGAUUUUGAUAGCAAGCUAUUUUCUCAUGAAUACCCUCAGUAGUGAGCCCUCUUUCUGUUUCAACAGUCAUCCAAACCCCCCAACCUGCUGAAAGAGGAAGUGAGAUAUAAGCAGUCCCAAGAGCACUCUGUAGCUGCAUCUGACAGAACUGAGCGAGGGAAUUAGUGCCGAGAUCCAGGCUGCAUCAGUGCUUUUGUUUACACUCUCUGUACCCCACCUCUAAGUACUCAAGCCCAUGGUCUGCGGGCAGCUGUGUCUGUACUCAUGCACAUGGAGUGGGCUUAUAGCGCUGUUUGUUUAAGAUCCAAUCUCUCACCAUCUCUAAGGCAGCGGCUGGCCUGUCAGCAAAAGGCCGUCCAGUCCUCUCAUGCACAGGAACACACGCCCCACAUUUCCCCUUUCCGGGCUAAGAGCGUCUCUGCCACCGAGGGCUGCUGUCACCUAGUAACCACGGCAACCCAACCUACUCUAAACCAAACCCAGAAAAAUAGCACGCUCUCUUUGCAUGACACGUUUUUUUUCUCUCCUCCUUUUGGGGAGUUUUUUUUAAUGGUUUUCCAAAAUCCUGACACAGAGGAUCAAGGAGUCAGGGUGGUCUACUUGGGGACGACAGGAGGGCAGCUGGGAAAUGUUCCUUUCUGGUGCAUUUCAGCAGCAUCGGGAUAUGUUUGGAGCAAACUCUAGCAACCUCUUGUUAUAUACAGGCUUAAUGUUUCUGUUCUUCCAUUUAACUGGUGUUUACUUUCUAGAGGGUGAGAUGCUGCCUCUCCUUGAUUCCCCCAUACUCCCCUUAAUUCACUCAACCCUGCCUGUGCCCCUGCCUUCCUUGACCACCACUGACCAGCCCUUUUGUACUGCUAUGGGCUGCUGCACAUUGGUGGCCUGAUGGUUUUCAAGGCUAAUUCCCCAACCAAGCCAAUGGCCUAUAGUUUAAAAAGACAUCUGUGUUCACUGCCACUCAGAAAAAGGGAAUUGUUUCUCAGUCUUUCAAGACAUGAGAUUAAUACCAUAGGCCAUUGUGAUACAGGAAGACACCAAGAGGUUGGGACACAGAGGGUGGGAUGGGUACCUUCUGAGAAAGAGAAUUUUCUGGUCUAAAGGGGCUAAGUUGUAUAGAAGCCUGCCUUGGCUGGGUAGGUUCUACCUGAAUAUUUCUGAUUCACUUGGCCUCCAAAAAACGGUCAUUGGUAUCUCCCAUAUGUGCGUGUCCUUGCAAGAGUGACUCUGGACAGACAGACUACAAACGGAUGGACCAUCCAGAUCCGCAGAGUCCCCUUGGAUGGCAGCAUUGCUCCAGAGACUAUCUCCUGCUUCUGGAAUUCAUUAGGGAACUUUAAAGAAGAAAGGAAAAACUUGAAUUGUGUUGAAUUACUGUAUCUUUUACCUUUUUUUUUUGGAAAAAAGAUAAACUUGUAAAUAGAGUGAUUUGAAAUACUA